CAGGGCUCCGGGGCCCCUCCCUGCAGUACUGGGUGAUAGACCCCACCCCACCCUCCGGGUCCCUCCACCCCCACCACGUGCAGGCCGGAGAAGGCAAAGAGGCCCAGCCACCCUCACCAGGGAAUUUCUUUUCUUUUUUUGCUGGUUUCAGGCUUUUUUCUGCCUGAGUGAAAAUGAAACAAACACCCCCUGCGCCUCCCGGCCACCAGACACACACGCGCACCGGCACUCGCGCACUCGCGCCCUCGGCCUCCUAGCGGCCGUGUCUGGGGCGGGACCCGCUCUGCACAAACAGCCGCGGGCCGGGUGGAGCGGGGAGCUCGCCGCCCGCCGCCCAGUGCCCGCCGGCUUCCUCGCGCCCCUGCCCGCCACCCCGGAGGAGCACACAGCGGCCGGCGGGCCGGAGCGCAGGCGGCACACCCCGCCCCGGCACGCCCUGCCGAGCUCAGGAGCACGCCGCGCGCCACUGUUCCCUCAGCCGAGGACGCCGCCGGGGGGCCGGGAGCCGAGGUGUGGGCCAUCCCCGAGCGCACCCAGCUUCUGCCGAUCAGGAGUUGGAACGCAGCACCUUCCCUUCCUCCCAGCCCUGCCUCCUUCUGCAGAGCAGAGCUCACUAGAACUUGUUUCGCCUUUUACUCUGGGGGGAGAGAAGCAGAGGAUGAGGAGAAAAUAAUGAAUGUCAAAGGAAGAGUGGUUCUGUCAAUGCUGCUUGUCUCAACUGUAAUGGUUGUGUUUUGGGAAUACAUCAACAGCCCAGAAGGUUCUUUGUUCUGGAUAUACCAGUCAAAAAACCCAGAAGUUGGCAGCAGUGCUCAGAGGGGCUGGUGGUUUCCGAGCUGGUUUAACAAUGGGACUCACAGUUACCACGAAGAAGAAGACGCUAUAGGCAACGAAAAGGAACAAAGAAAAGAAGACAACAGAGGAGAGCUUCCGCUAGUGGACUGGUUUAAUCCUGAGAAACGCCCAGAGGUCGUGACCAUAACCAGAUGGAAGGCUCCAGUGGUAUGGGAAGGCACUUACAACAGAGCCGUCUUAGAUAAUUAUUAUGCCAAACAGAAAAUUACCGUGGGCUUGACGGUUUUUGCUGUCGGAAGAUACAUUGAGCAUUACUUGGAGGAGUUCUUAAUAUCUGCAAAUACAUACUUCAUGGUUGGCCACAAAGUCAUCUUUUACAUCAUGGUGGAUGAUAUCUCCAGGAUGCCUUUGAUAGAGCUGGGUCCUCUGCGUUCCUUUAAAGUGUUUGAGAUCAAGUCCGAGAAGAGGUGGCAAGACAUCAGCAUGAUGCGCAUGAAGACCAUCGGGGAGCACAUCCUGGCCCACAUCCAGCACGAGGUGGACUUCCUCUUCUGCAUGGACGUGGAUCAGGUCUUCCAAAACAACUUUGGGGUGGAGACCCUGGGCCAGUCGGUGGCUCAGCUACAGGCCUGGUGGUACAAGGCACAUCCUGACGAGUUCACCUACGAGAGGCGGAAGGAGUCCGCAGCCUACAUUCCGUUUGGCCAGGGGGAUUUUUAUUACCACGCAGCCAUUUUUGGGGGAACACCCACUCAGGUUCUAAACAUCACUCAGGAGUGCUUCAAGGGAAUCCUCCAGGACAAGGAAAAUGACAUAGAAGCCGAGUGGCAUGAUGAAAGCCAUCUAAACAAGUAUUUCCUUCUCAACAAACCCACUAAAAUCUUAUCCCCAGAAUACUGCUGGGAUUAUCAUAUAGGCAUGUCUGUGGAUAUUAGGAUUGUCAAGAUAGCUUGGCAGAAAAAAGAGUAUAAUUUGGUUAGAAAUAACAUCUGACUUUAAAUUGUGCCAGCAGUUUUCUGAAUUUGAAAGAGUAUUACUCUGGCUACUUCCUCAGAGAAGUAGCACUUAAUUUUAACUUUUAAAAAAAUACUAACAAAAUACCAACACAGUAAGUACAUAUUAUUCUUCCUUGCAACUUUGAGCCUUGUCAAAUGGGAGAAUGACUCUGUGGUAAUCAGAUGUAAAUUCCCAAUGAUUUCUUAUCUGUUCUGGGUUGAGGGGGUAUAUACUAUUAACUGAACCAAAAAAAAAAAUUGUCAUAGGCAAAGAAAAAGUCAGAGACACUCUACAUGUCAUACUGGAGAAAAGUAUGCAAAGGGAAGUGUUUGGCAACAAAAUAAGAUUGGGAGGGGUCGUCCUCUUGAUUUCAGCGUCUUCCUGUCUCUGCUAAGUCUAAAGCAACAGAGUUGCUUUGCAGCAGGAGAUCAGAGUCUACCUUAGCAAUCCUCAGAUGAUUUCAACAGCAGAGGACUUCAAGUUAUUUGAAGUCCAUGUCCUUUUCGCAUCAGGGUUUUGUUUGGCUUCUGCGCAGAUACUGGUCAAGAUUCCCAAUGGUGAAUGUUGGGAGUUACAGGGAAUCCGAAUGAACCAAUGGGAGCUCAGCACGAAAUAAAAACACAGCUUCUAAGUAAGUUUGCCAUGAAAUAGCGAAGACAGAUUGGAAAGAGAGGGGGCUGAUCACUGUGGGGCAAUGCCAUUUCUAAGAGACACAGGGCAUGGAGUUGGCAUGUACAUACAGCUUGGAUCCAGGCACUGAAUGGGAGGCAAUGAGAGUGGCUCCAGCCUCCUCAACCAUAUGACAACUAGAGCAGCACUGUCUUAGAAGAUGCUUCUUGCUUUGGCCAAGUCAUAUUCAGUCUGCCAGACUCUGGAACUUGUGUCUACAAAUCCUUGCUCAGAGGAAGUGGAUGAUGUCAGAGUGGACAGAGGCCUACAUUGGGUUGAAGUGACUUCCUAGACCUUGGCUUCAUGACAAUCAGGCAUCAGCAAGCCCUGCUGCCACCUGCUCUAACUCUCAGAGUCCCUCAGCCCAUCAUGGGCAACUUGAGAGCCACCGUCAAGGAGUGGACUAGAGGAAAAGCCUGCUUAUCAGGGAACCUCUCAUUUCCCCUGCCCCAGCUGCACUACUGAAGUGUAACUGCCGGACAUGUUUAAUAAAGUGGUUAAUUGAUUUUAUAUCAAAGUAGAGAGGAUGGCAAUGGGAGACCCAGUCCUCAUGACUAAACAGCUUUUCAAUCCCUUUCUCUAAGAAAAGCUAUGAGAUCUUACAUGUAAUUUAAAGUUAAGCAGUUUGGUGUAAAGGAAGUUAGGAGGCAAUAUUUACAUCUGCAGGUAUGUGAUAUACUUUUGCUUGUGUUCCAGUUUAGGUCAUUUGUGUCCAUUUUCAAAUGAUUUACUUGAAGAGCCAUUGCACUGACUUGAUGUUCAGCACGAUGGGCUUCUUUGAUAAAAUGAAACCUACAUUUUCUCUACUGUUUCCCUGGGCCUCCUACUCUUCAAUUCUUGCUAAAAAUUUUUGCAACCCAGCAAAAUAACUCAACAAAAUAACCCAACAAAAUAACUCAACAAAAAUCCUGGAGAAGUAGUCUUGUAAAAGAAAAAGGAAAUCACAAGUCAAUUAGGACUCUUGUUUCUCUAUAACGCAAGUUUAUGGAAUCCAUUCUGGAGUGCAGAGACUUCAUGGUGCAAGUUCCAAACUACAGAAAUGAUUCGUUCUCAAAGAUUAAAGAAAAGGACUGAUAUUUCCUUUUGAAGGAAUCUUGAUUUUUAAAAAAAAAUCAUUUAAAUUUAAAUUUCAAAUGGACAAAUUCAAGAUCUUAUUAAUAGUUCAAUAUUAAAAAAUAAAAAUUCCUGAUUUAAAAUUAAAUAAAUUAUUUUCUCAGUAUAU